AUGUGGUGUCUAAUAUUAAAACGUUCACUAAAUAACCAAUGUAAAAGGAAUCUAUUAAGAAAUUUUAGUUCCGAAGCAGCACCCAGAGUAAGAUUUGCGCCUAGUCCGACUGGAUAUUUGCAUUUAGGUGGUUUACGGACCGCUCUGUAUAAUUAUUUAUUUGCAAAAUCACAUGGCGGUGCUUUUAUAUUACGAAUAGAGGAUACUGACCAAAGUAGAAAAGUGGAAGGAUCUAUGGAUGCACUUGUUAACGAUUUAGCUUGGUCUGGUAUAGUAUGUGAUGAAAGCCCUGCACUCGGCGGAAAAUACGGCCCAUACAUUCAAAGUGAGCGCUUGCAUAUUUACCAACAGUACAUUAAAACCUUAUUACACAAUGGAUCAGCAUACAAGUGUUUCUGCUCUGAGCGCAGAUUAAAUGUCCUAAAAAGAGAUGCUGUGAAAAGGCAGCAGCUUCCAAAAUAUGAUAAUAAAUGUAGGAAUUUAACAGAUGAAACAGUAAAAGAAAAAUUAAGUGCUGGAAUUCCAUUUUGUAUUAGAUUCAAGUUGUCCUCAGAGUGUCAGUCAUUUGAAGACCUAAUAUUUGGUGGCAUUGCAUAUGACGUUUCCUUAAUAGAGGGUGACCCGGUGCUGGUAAAGAGUGAUGGAUACCCAACUUACCACUUUGCCAAUGUUGUGGAUGACCACCUAAUGGGUAUAACACAUGUACUUCGUGGCGUUGAAUGGCAGAUAUCUACAACAAAACAUUUGUUAAUUUACAGAGCAUUUGGUUGGUCUCCUCCACAAUUUGGACACAUGCCACUUAUAGUAAAUGCAGAUGGUACAAAACUUAGUAAACGGCAGAGUGAUGUAAAAGUGGAUGAUUAUAGGAAAAAUGGCAUAUUUCCAUUAGGAUUAGUAAACUAUAUAACAUUAUCUGGAGGCGGUUUUGAACAUGUUCCUGGGGAAGGUGUAAGACUAAAAACUAUUGAUGAAUUAGCAGAAGAAUUUCAGAUUGAUAAAAUAUCUUCGCAUCCGAGCAGGCUCAACCCAGACUUGCUUGAAGAAUGUAAUAGAUUAGAAAUCAAACGUCAAAUACGUGAUUCCAUUUUGUGCAAAAAUAUGGUCACACAGUUACAAGAGCUUAUAGCAGAGAAAUACAAAGAUCAAAACUUAUUUAUUUCGGAAGACCACAUUCGCAAUGUUCUUGAGUGGUCAACGUCAAGGAUAUCAAGGAUAGAAGAUUUAGUGUCGAGCAAAUUUGCUUUCUUUUGGAUCCUACCAUCUGAACACUGUAAUGUAGACCAAAAAUUAUGUACUGCUGUAAUCGAAAACUUGGAGCUAUUACAAGAAUUCAAUCAAGACGCCAUAAAAGACAGAUUAAGACAGUUUUCCUCGAGUAAUGGUAUAAAAUUUCCUGCCCUCAUGAAAAUGUUGAGAUCUGUUUUGAGUGGACUUAGUGAAGGACCCAGUGUGGUUGAAAUGAUGCAUUUGUUGGGUAAGAGUCAGACACUGCAAAGAAUAAAGGCGGUUAGCAAGUAUCUCGAAUUUUCAUUUUCCUAUAAAUUUUAA